AUGUUCUCCUAUACAACUGCUCCAGCGGGCGCUCCUGUCAAAGGGCGGCAACCCAGUGUAUCCACGUUAAAUACACAGUUACCGCCCAUGAGACAGGCAAGACAAAAUGCAGGGGCGGUUACUGUGGGUGACAAGAUCCACGUGAUCGGGGGGUCAAAUGUCGAGACAGGUGACCCGGUUCUAAUGACAGAACACUUUGACCUGGUCAAGGGCAUAUGGCAGGAUGAUUUCCUCUUCAAGAAAUGUGACGUGUCCAACGUGAGCUGUGUGCUGGUGGACGUGCCUAAAGUCCCCAUGGAGGAGCGGAGGGUUGUCCAGAAGCUUCGAUGGGUCAUGUGGUGA